AAUGAACGACUCUGAUUCCAGCUGCGAUCUCAAUAUCCACGUGUCCAUCUCAUAUUCGUAUAUCUCCCUCGAAAACUAAAAACAAAUUAAUUCGCGAUUUGUUUUCCAACUGCCGGAGCAAAAUUCCGUUUCUCUCUCCUUCUUUCUUUCUUGAUUUUUAUUAUUUUAUUUUAUUUAUUUAGUAUUAUUUUUUUCUGCUCGUUCCUCCUUUUCUUGCGUUCUAUCUUCUCGGAAAAUAUCCAUUUCGAUUUUCUCCGGAAAAGCACAACAUGCUGAGCGCAGGUUUUCUAGAUGCAUCAAAAGCAAACAUCCUUGGCUGCUGUUGAUGGACUAAAGGGCAGUUUUCUUGUGAUAUAUAUACUAUAUCUUACAGGGUGCUGGUUUCCACUUUCCAUACAGAAAAGACAGGAAGAGGGAAAAUCUAACGCAAUAGAAGGUUUUGUAGGAGUGGAGACACUUCACACUGUCUGUAAUAUAGUAAAGCAUAGAGUUGAUCAAGUCAAGGGAAGACUAUUCUUUACAACCAAUUCUAAUGUUUCGGCAAAGGGGUUUCAUGGAUAUUCUGUGUUCUUCCAUAUUUCUUUUUACGAUCGUUGAGUCCACUAGCAGAUCAGGGAGUAUGUGGCCCCAAAACAUAGGUGUGGAGUCUACAGGAAGUGUUAGCUGGACAGUCUUCAGUGCAAGUAUAUUUGUGCUUGUUGCCCUUGUCCUCUCCAUGUAUCUGAUAUUCGAGCAUUUAGCUUCCUAUAAUCAGCCUGAGGAGCAGAAGUUUUUGAUUGGUCUCAUUUUAAUGGUUCCUGUCUAUGCACUGGAAUCGUUUUUGUCCCUAUUGGAUUCCAGUGCGGCAUUUAACUGUGAAGUUAUCCGGGAUUGCUAUGAGGCCUUUGCCUUAUAUUGCUUUGAAAGAUACCUUAUAGCUUGCUUAGGUGGUGAGGACAAAACAAUUCAAUUUAUGGAAAGUAUGAGCCUAACAGACUCCAGCACUCCUCUCCUGAAAGAAACAUAUGCAUAUGGAGUUGUAGAACAUCCAUUUCCUUUGAAUUGCUUCCUAAGAGAUUGGUAUCUUGGUCCUGAGUUCUAUCAAGCUGUGAAAAUUGGCAUCGUACAAUAUAUGAUACUGAAAAUGAUUUGUGCAUUGCUGGCAAUGAUCCUCCAGUCUUUUGGGGUUUAUGGAGAGGGGAAGUUUGAAUGGAGAUAUGGGUAUCCCUACUUGGCAAGUGUUCUUAAUUUUAGUCAGACUUGGGCCCUGUAUUGUCUUGUACAGUUCUAUUCUGUCAUUAAAGAUAAAUUAGAGCCAAUCAAACCAUUAGCCAAAUUUUUAACAUUUAAAUCAAUAGUCUUCCUAACAUGGUGGCAAGGAGUGGCUGUUGCAUUUCUUUUUUCGAUGGGAGCAUUUAAAGGGUCACUGGCUCAGGAGCUAAAGACACGUAUUCAAGACUAUAUCAUCUGUAUAGAGAUGGGCAUUGCUGCAGUUGUGCACCUUUAUGUCUUUCCUGCAGUACCUUACAAAAGAGGAGAGAGGUGUGUCCGCAAUGCAGCGGUGAUGGCUGACUAUGCAUCACUAGGGGCACCUCCUGAUCCUGCAGAGGUUAGAGACUGUGAACGCUCAACUAGAAUGCGGCUGGGUCGAAAUGGUGAGAGAGAAAAGAAGCCUAUGAAGUUUACUCAUAAUGUUCGUGAUGUGGUUCUUGGAAGUGGUGAAAUUAUUGUUGAUGACAUGAAAUUUACAGUUUCACAUGUGGUAGAACCUGUUGAAAGGGGUAUUGCAAAGAUAAACAAAACCUUCCAUCAAAUAUCAGAAAAUGUAAAACGCCAUGAUGAAGAGCGGAGGAAAAACACCAGGGUCAAGGAUGAUAGUUACGUCGUUCCCUUGCGAUCAUGGAGAACAGAAUUUUCUGAUGUUCACGAAAAACUUGUGGAAGGAAGUGUCAGUGAUGGUGGUUUGCCCAGUGGAAGGAGACAUAUCCAAUCCAAGGCGUCAGCCUCCAGGAUGAGAAGAUAGUAUUCAAUAUUAUUAGUUCAACAGCCUAUAUAGUUUUGCACAUAGAGAAAAAUUCUUAUAGAUUUUGGUGUCAAGUGGAGAACUCAAAAUUGCAUGCAGGGCUGACAAUAUGGUCAACUUUUAAAGAUGUGUAAAUAUAUGGAAGUGGUAACGGUAUGUACAGGGCUCGUAAAAAUUCCCACGGUUAUGUCAAGGGUGACUGAUUUUGUCUGCCAAACCGUGGAAAUAUUGAAUGGAUUGAGAAGAAAAUACGACAUUUUGAGGCCAAGAAAAAGGUAUCAACCAUGUUAUUAUGUUGACUGUGCAAUAAGCAUAAUAUUAGGCUUCAAAUGUAACUUUUAUACUCUCUCUGAACUUAAAUAUUGUCUAACUACACUACAUGUGUAACUUUUGAGAUCUUGAAGAUUGCAGAAGCCAAACCCAUUUCAGCCAACAUUCGAAAAACAUUGUAUUUAUCUUCUUUUAUCAUGUUUUCCCAUUGUGGCCUGUAUCAGUUAAAAUCUGGGUUUUUCAUGAGAUAUCCAAGUUAACUUGGAAUUUUUGCUUUCUA